GGAUAAGAACUUAUCUCUGGUUUACUUCACAUUAUGACCAGGCGGUCUUAUCUUCUGAGUCAAUUACAAGGUGUACGCUACCGUUGCCGUACACAUGACUAGAUAUCUAUUAUAGACAAGCAUCUCUCCCACCAAGCAGCAUACUACAAUCAUCAUGCCUACCACCAAGAAACGACCAAUCCUCCCCGACGAUUUCGUCGACACUGUCCUCGAGCGCGCGUUUAGAAUCACUCGAACAUCAUCAUAUGUCGCAGACAUGGUCUACCUCCGUCAGACUCUCUUGGAGCCACUCAUGAAUAUCCUUCGCGAGACGCCGGACGCGGUCCGGCAGAAAGAAAAGCAGAACGCGGUAAAACAAUUGAUUGAUCAAUUCAAGUAUCCAGAGUUCACAGAUGUGCUCAGCGGUGGCUUGUUCCCGGACAUCGCGUCGGUGACAACACACCUCAAGCUCCUCCGCGUCUUUCGCGACCUGCGCGCUGAGAUCAUGGCGCGCGACGGCAUGUUUGGCAUUACCGACGCCGAGUUUCCGAGUUCGACCAGCAGCAGCGAUAAUGAUGGCAGAUUGCUGCGGUGGCAGGUCUACGUCGCCUACGCGGUCGAGCGGUAUACAGAGUGGUUUAGAAGCCUGCCGAGUAGGGGGAUGAUUGGGAGGACACGGAUGUCGUUUGGAUUGCAUGGCGAAGGUGAGGCGUACGAGAUUACGGCGGAGAAUUUACCACCGAUUGAUGUCUUGAUGGUCCUGCACUCGCAUAUGCUGCAUCCGCGCGUGUACUGGCAGGACAUGAUGAGAUCGAAUCGAAUGGGCGUGUUUCGCUCUAUGAAGAUGCCGUGGGGUGCAUUGGAGUCGGUAAUUCAACAGCCUUCGACCCCAAACGGAGCAUGGAAAUACAACCCACCCGACCCUUCGCGCGAGUACUUUGAAGAAACCACAAUGCGAAUGUUUGAACUCGAAGACGGCAUUAACUCAAAGUGCGUUAUCUGCCCACAAUGCCCGUCCAUCAACUCUGUCGAGCUGUAUAACGAGUCCGGCACGGGCUGGGUGCAAUCCAAGUUUAAAACUACCUGCACAGAGUGUGGUUGCCUCCUCACGCGCGACGCGUUGACUACGGCUGCUUUGCUGGAUGACUGUAAGGCGUUCGAGGAAAGAGGUGUGCCUCUCAAGGGCGCUUUACUCGACUACCUAGGCGUGCAAUAUCCCGAAAAAGAACGAUACGCAACCCCCGGCUCUAUAAGCUCAGACGUAGCAGCCCUCUUCUCGCACAUCCCGCCUGGCGACGACUUUACCCUCGCGCAGACAAAGGUGCAGGAUGUCUUUCGCCUCCUGUACAAAAAAGCCAUUUCGCAAAAACAGCCGCGCACAAAGGAAUUCCGCGUGCUGUCGCACUAUGUCAAAAACUGCACGCCGUUCUGCAUCGAUCUCGAGCUGGCGGUGCUCAGACAGUGCGAGUUCGCAGACAAGAUGGUGAAGUACGCGUACCUGCACUCGCCGUUUCGGGAGAACGUGAUUGAGCAUGCGACCGUGCGGUUCCUAAAGUUCUUCUUCCUCGUGCGGUUUCGGCCGUAUACCUUUCUCGCGCCGCCGGUUGAUGGCGAUAUUGUCUGGCUCACGAUGCAACUUGAUCCGGCAGGCUACGCGGCCACAAGUCUGGCGUUCUUAGGCACGAUCUUGGAGCACGACGACGACGUGAGCGAUAACAGGCUGACAGACUCGCACUUUCUCUCCAAGCGCGAGUGGAGUCGGUACGCAAUCCCGGACUUCAAAUACGAUGGCUGCACCUGCGCAAUAUGCCAUGCCACACGCGAAUACGUCGCCGCCAAGCAAAAAACCGCAAAGCCUCCGUUCUCGGCCAAAUCCUCCCGCCGCGCGGCGCUCAUCGACCAAUUCUACGCGAUCGAAUGCGAAAAACGGAUGCUGGGCGGCGACACGCUCGUGCAGCGCCUCACGCACACGUCCUCUGUCGCUGAGCAAUCUAGUACACACACCGGACCGAAUUACGCGCACCCGUACUUUGCUGACCUUACUGCCCUGCCGGUACUAGAAACCAUGCCGCCCUCGUACGCAGCGGGUCUGCCGCCUGCGUACACCUCUUCCGGGCCAGCGGCGGCGGCGGCGGACGGUGUUGGAUGGGGUGAGAUAGCGCGGACGAGGUACGGCAGGACGCCGUGGACGCCGUACAGCGAGUUUACGAGCGCUGUGGCGAGGUAUUCUGCGAGUUUACUUGGCGGGGGGUUUGUUGCGGCCGAAGGCGGUGGUGGAGGUGAGGGGAUGGUGGGGGGUUAGUGCGCCGCUACAGCAUCAUUCAGGGUGUGGAGGAGGAGGUGGAGGAGGACAUUGUUGAUUAGCUUUCUUAUUCUUUAAGGCAUGGCGUGCCUUUGAAUGUGCUGAACCCAGACCUGCCA